AUGGACUCCGCGCUGCUUCUCGCCUUGGGGCUCUUAACACAGGGCCUCGGCCUGUCUGCGGAGGUCCCCGAGUCGCCCAGCACCCUGUUCCCCUGGCGCCGGAUGUCUGGGCGGAGCCGUGUACGUAGAGCCUGGGUCAUUCCCCCCAUCAGUGUGUCGGAGAACCACAAGCGAAUACCUUUCCCUCUGGUGCAGAUCAAGUCAGACAAGCAGCCCCUGGGCGGCGUCAUCUAUAGCAUCCAGGGCCCGGGUGUGGACGAGGAGCCCCGGGGCAUCUUCUCCAUCGACAAGUUCACGGGGAAGGUGUUCCUCAAUGCCAUGCUGGACCGGGAGAAGACUGACCGCUUCAAGCUAAGGGCCUUUGCCCUGGACCUGGGCGGAUCUACCCUGGAGGACCCCACGGACCUGGAGAUCGUGGUUGUGGAUCAGAACGACAACCGGCCAGUCUUCCAGCAGGAGGUGUUCACUGGCCACGUGCUGGAGGGCGCAGCCCCAGGCACCUUCGUGAUGAAGGCGGAGGCCACGGACGCUGACGACCCCGACACAGACAAUGCGGCCCUGCGGUACUCCAUCCUGGCGCAGGGUGGCCCUGGGUUCUUCAGCAUCGAUGAGCGCUCCGGCGAGGUCCGCACUGUGCAAGUGGGGCUGGACCGUGAGGUGGUCGCCACGUACAACCUGAGUCUGCAGGUGGCGGACAUGUCUGGGGACGGGCUCACAGCCACCGCCUCGGCCAUCAUCACCCUGGAUGACAUCAAUGACAACGCGCCCGAGUUCAUCAGGGACCAGUUUUCUCUAGAGGCCACAGAGGCGGUCAGCGGCAUAGACGUAGGCCGGCUGGAGGUGCAGGACAGGGACCUGCCCGGCUCCCCCAACUGGGUGGCCAGGUUCACCAUCCUGGAGGGUGACCCUGAGGGGCAGUUCACCAUCCGCACAGACCCCAAGACCAACGAGGGCGUCCUGUCCGUGGUGAAGCCCCUGGACCACGAGAGCCAGGAGCACUACAGGCUCCGUGUGUCGGUGCAGAACGAGGCCCCACUGCAAGCGGCGGUCCCCGAGGCCACCCAGGGCCAGGCCACGGUCAGUGUGUGGGUGCAGGAUGUCAACGAGGCCCCGCUCUUCCAGGAGAACCCACUCCGAACCAGCCUGGCAGAGGGAGCACCUGCAGGGACCCCUGUGGCCACCUUCUCUGCCCAUGACCCCGACACCCAGCAGCUACAGAAGCUCAGCUACUCCAAGGACUAUGACCCUGAGGACUGGCUGCAGAUAGACCCCGCCACGGGCCAGAUCCAGACCCAGCGUGUGCUCAGCCCUGCCUCCCCCUUCCUUAAGGACGGCUGGUACCGAGCCAUCAUCCUGGUGAGCGACGACGCUUCGCCGCCCUGCACCGCCACGGGCACCCUGUCUGUGGAGAUCCUCGAGGUCAACGACCACGCACCGGUGCUAGCCCCAGCAGCCGGCAGCCUGUGCAGCGAGCCGGGGCGGGGCUCCGGCCUCCUCCUGGGGGCCACGGAUGAGGACCUGCCCCCGCACGGGGCCCCCUUCCACUUCCAGCUGAGCCCUAGGACCCCAGAGCUUGCUCAGAACUGGACCGUCAGCCAGGUUAACGUGAGCCACGCACGCCUGCGGCUGCGCCACCGGCUCCCCGAGGGCUUGCACCGUGUCAGCCUGCUGCUCCGCGACUCGGGACAGCCGCCGCAGCAGCGGGAGCAGCCGCUGAACGUAAGCGUGUGCCGCUGCGCCGCGGACGGCGCCUGCCUGCCCGGGGCCAGGGCUCUGCGUGUGGGAGGCGCGGGAGUCAGCCUGGGCGCACUGCUCGUGGUGCUGGGCAGCUCCACCCUGCUGCUCCUGCUCAUCCUGCUGGUGACCCUCCUGGCACGAUGCCGGCGGCGGCCGCGGGAUGAGGGGCUGCUGCACGGGUUCCAGGAUGACCUACGUGACAACAUUCUCAACUACGACGAGCAGGGAGGUGGGGAAGAGGACCAGGACGCCUACGAUCUCAGCCAGCUGCGCCACCCCACGGAGCUGGCGGCUCUGGGCGGGCCUCUGGGGCAGCAGCCGCUGCGCCGCGACGCCGCCUUCGGCCUCCAGCCCGGCCCACCGGUCCGCCUGCCGCCCGCCGGCCCCGCUGACCUCGCCAGCUUUAUUCGCGACGGCUUGGAGGCUGCAGAUGGUGACCCCAGCGUGCCACCCUAUGACACGGCCCUCAUCUACGACUACGAGGGGGACGGCUCCGUGGCAGGGACGCUGAGCUCCGUCCUGUCCAGCCUGGGGGAUGAGGACCAGCAGUAUGACUACCUCCGGGACUGGGGCCCCCGCUUCGCCCGGCUGGCAGACAUGUACGGCCACCCGUGA